AUGGCCGACUCUUCUUCCUCUGAUGGCCCCUUUUACAUUUAUCAUUCUGACCAUCCAAACCUUGUUCUUGUCUCCAAAAAAUUAAAUGGUGAUAACUACACCUCCUGGGCCCGUGGCAUUCAAAUUUCCUUGAGUGCCAAGAACAAACUUGGUUUCAUCACUGGAGAUAUUAAGGAACCUUCUUCCUCCAAUGAUCCCGAUGACCACGCAGCUUGGCGCCGUUGCCAUGACAUGAUUCUUUCUUGGAUUCUCCAUUCAUUGGAACCUGACCUUCAAGAAUUCGUUCUCUUUUCUGUCUCUGCCAAGGACGUGUGGGACGAUCUUCGCGAACGGUUUUCUCAGAGCAACGCACCUCGUAUCUUCCAACUCAACCGUUACCUCGCUACAAUUUCACAAGUAUCCUCUUUUGUCUCCGCCUAUUUCACUCGUCUCAAAGCUCUCUGGGAUGAGCUUGCCUCUUAUAGUGACGGCACGUGCUCUUGUGGUACCAAGAAUGAACAGCAACAUCUUAUGCAGUUCCCCAUGGGUCUUCACGACUCUUUCUCUGUUGUUCAUGACCAAAUCCUCUUGAUGAAUCCUUUACCCACUGUUCGUCAAGCUUGUUCUUCUGUUUCUCAGGCCGAGAAACAAUGA